AUGGGUGCCGCGGCAGCAAGGACUUCAAGCGUAGCGAAGAUUAUUAAACCUCAUAUACCACUGAUCAAGUUUCCUCUCAGAGAACCUUCUCCAUUGCUAAAGGAAAUUGGAACCCCUGUUGCAGGAAAGCAAUUAGCUCCAAAUACUGUUAUCAACACAACAGUUGCUAACCAAGUUCCUAGUACAGCUUCAAAAAGGUCUACUGGUUCAGUUAUAGAUUCAUCUGAGCUUCCACAGAAAUACAGAAGAAAACCUAUAAGUAAAGAAGAAAUGGAAAUCAUAGAGAAAGGCGGCCCAGUGUGA